GUUAUUUUAAAAUUGCAUUUCUCACUGCAGCUCAGCAACUUAUCACGUGCAUUUUAGUGGUCUGAUGUGUCAAAAGUAGCGCUGUUUACAUCCGCAAACUGCAGCGCAUCGGCUCGACGCGGCGCUCAGCUGGGACCAGCCUCUUCCUGGUCACAGCGCCGGACAAACGCCAGGACAGAGGAGUCCACCUGCAGGACGUAGGGGCGUCUGGAAGCAGCUUUCUGAUGAAGCUUCUGGAUGAACUCAUGCGCUUUUCCGUUUCUCUGCUUCAAAUGGUCAAGAGUUAAACAAGAAAGGAGGCGCAAAGAUGGAGCCGGACCCCGACGGUCCGUUUCAGCGGGUGGAGAGGACGCUGGUCUCAGUCUGGUGUUACAUAACCGAAGCUGUGGGCAGAUUCCUGAGGCCACAACCAGCUGAAGCCACCGAUAAUGACCCAACGUUCUCAGAUGGACCCGGAGUCGACGGCGAGCCUGCUGACGGUAGCCAAAUAGAUGACGACGCCAGAGGGGUAGAAGUGGGCGAGGAACCGUCUCUUUCCACUGUUUCUCUUGCUAGCUUGUCCUCACCGGUUGUUGCCUGGGAGCGCUGCACUGCAGACAUUGACUUGAAGCCCAAAGAAGAAGAUCAUGAGAACAAAGAGGAGCUAAUAGAGGAACAGCUCGGUCAAACAGGAAAUGACUUUGCAGGUCAGCUGGUCACAGAAAGUGUAAAGGUACAUCAAGGCAGUCAAGAGAAAACGGAUACUGAGAAAUGUGACACUUGUGAGGAAAGUCUGGCUCCUGAAAACGAUGGACAGCUUGCAACUGGACAUGGAUGGGUUAAGGAGGGAGUGUUUGAGGACAUGGAUUCAAGAGAAAUAAGAUCUUGUGAUCAUCAGAAAGUGUUGGAAACCUCGGCGGACAUUCAGGAAGAAGCUGAAGAAAAUUCAGAGGAAAGCAAUGAAAAGACAGGAGAUCCAAAGGUCAACAAAUCUUCUGCAGCGAUGCUAGGAGAUGCAAACAUCGGUGAGGAUGCAUCACAGCUGAGCUCUGGGAAUCAAAACUUCCCAGAUGAGAAAACUAAAGAUGUAGAAACUCAGCUUAGACAGUUAUCAGAGGAUGAAAACGUCCAGAUGAGUCUCUUUGAAGAAGCUACAACACCAGAAGAGUCAGAACAGGUCAAGAGCGGACAGACGACCGAAGAUAUUUUAACUCAGAGUGGCACAAGUAGCAAAGAUGUGCAAAAAACAGAGCCAGACACGACAGAGUUUACAAUUAGAGAAGAGGAUAUGCAGCUCACCAUUAUGCAAACUGCAAAGGAAGAUGUGACCGUGGAGGAAAUGUCAGCAGAUCUUGAUUAUGAGAUGGCAGAAGGCAAGAAUCUCUCAGCUGAACAUGAAAACUCAGCAGAGCAAACGCAACGAGAGGAAACUCAGCAACUGGUCUGCAAAGAGUUGUCAGGUGUGGCAGAAGAUGAGAGGGUUGAGGAGGAAAAGGAUAAUAUGUCUGCAACACAUGAAGAGUCAGAGGACAGGAAGAGUAGCAGAGGAGAUGAAGAUGUCCAACAAGAGGAAAACGUUUUAGCCCAAAGUGUCACAAGCAGCAAGGACGAUCAGGAACAGUUUAACCUAAAAGGAAACGACUCUGCAGAACAGCUGAUAAAUAAAAACAUGACUGAACAUCAACUUGGACUAGAAAAAAAGUUGCACACUUCUGCAGAAACAGAAGAAGUGAUUGAAAAUAAAGAAGAAAAUACAACCAAUGAGGCAAAUUAUGAAGAGCUGGAAAAAAGAGAUGAUGGAGAUGUUGGGGAAGAGUCUGUGAGCAGAAAGAGAGAAGAAGAGGUGGCAAAAGUGGUUGAAGUUAAAGAAGAGUUGGAGGAAGAGAGCGAUGAAAUCCAGACGGAUGAUAGAGAAAAAAAUGAAGAAGAGUUUGAGGAAGAAAGUGAGGCAGAGCAGUUUACCACUGAUGGAGAGACAGGAGAACAAAGAGAGGGUGAGAAUACAGCUGCAAGCCAACAAACAGAAGAGUCAGAAAAAGAGAAGAGCAGAAGGACAAAUGAAGAGAAAAAUAUUUCCACCCAAAGUGUCACAAGCAUUGAGAUUAAUCAGAGGACAGAAGAGGAACAGUUUAGCCAAAGAGGAAACGACUCUGGAGAUCAGCUGAUCCCUGAAGACAUGACGACACACCAACUUGGACUAGAGAAAACCGAGAUCCAAAACUUACACACUUGUAAAGAAAUAGAAAAGGUUGAAAACACAGGCUUUCUGGAAGAGAGAGGUGAAAUACAGGAAGACAAUCGAGAUGAAGUCUUUGUCAUAAAACAACACAUUAUGAAAGAAGAGAGAGAGGAGCAAAAGGAAGGCGAGGCUGGUCCAGUGAUGCUAGGAGAUGCUAACAUCUGUGAAGAUGCAACUCAGCUGAAAUCUGAAAAUGAAAACUCAGCAGAGAGAACAGAACAAGUGGAAACUCAACAGCUUGUUUGUGAAGAGUUGUCUGGUGUGGUUGAUGAUGAGAGGGUUGAGGAGGAAGAGUCUGUCUCAUGUGAAGAGGCAGAGCAGGACAAGGGUAGCGGAGAAGUUGAAGAUGUCAGACAAGAAAAAAAUAUUGUAAAACUAAGUCCCACAAGCAGCGAGGGCGAUCAAGACACAGGAGAGGAGCAGUUCAACCAAACGGACAGCGAUCGAUCCUUUGAUGAAAACAAAGAAGACUGGGAGGAAGAGUGCCGUGAAAUCCAGGAAGAUGAUGCAGAGGAAACUGAAAGAGACUUUGAGGAAAAGAGUGAAGUGCCUGGAAACGACGAAGAGGAAGCAACUGUUGGAUCUGAACAUGUACAGUUAAAGGAGCGGGUGACAGACGGGACUGAAUCAAGUGAAGAAGAAGAGCAUCUGAGACUGGAUGAUCGUUGGAAAGUGUUGGAAACCUUGGCGGACAUCUUGGAAGAUGAUGAAGAAGAAGCUGAAGAAGACUCUGAGGAGGAAAGCAAGAUGCAAGAAACCACCCCAACAAAGGAGGAAGAGGGCAGCAAUGAAAAGACAGAAGGAGAAAGGGACAAUAAAGCUUCUGCAGCAAUACUGGAAGAUGCAUCACUGCUGAACUUCUCGGAUGAGAAAACUAAAGUAGAAACUCUUCUCCCUGUCUGCAGAGAUGCGGUAACUGAUAUCAAUCUCCAGAUGACUGAUUUUGGAGAUGAAGAUCUAAAUCAGACAACAGAUGAAGAGUUGGAAGAGGACAAGAACAGAAGGACAAUAGAAGAGGAAAAAAUUGAGUUUACAUUUAAAGAGGACGAUGUCACCAGUAUGGAAACUGCCACAGAGAAAGAAAUGACUGUGGAGGAAGUUUUAUCAGAUGUUGAGGAGAGGCUUUCUGACAAAGAGAUCUGUAUGAAAAGAGUUUGCACAACCGCUCCAGUUACUGUAAAAGCUGGAGGCGUGUCUGAACAGGAAAUAAACAUUGGCUUUAGCGAUAUUCCCUUGGGGGUAAUCGAAGGCCAGGCUGGCCUGUCUCACGAGCUCAACACCAAGGCGUGCGAGGAAACUCCAGAGGCAGUUCCUGAGCACAACAAUGAACUCGAGUCAGAUCAAAAUACCACACAAAGGUUCUUUGAGGGAGGAAAUUCAGAGGAAAUUCAGACCAUUCACUUACCAGAAGAGGUGGAGGUCUUUAAAAGCACCGAAGCAGGAGGAGGUGAAUAUUUACUGAUAAAAGAAGGCAGCACAGAGGAAAGCAAGGAGUUGCAGGUUGGAACGCUUCAAUUUGCAGAAGAUACAGAGAAUCCAAAAAGCGACAACAUAAAUCUGGUAUUAGAUCAUUUUUCAGAGGAAGAAAAGGUCGAGUUACUGGAUACUUCAAUGAAGACAGAGAUCAAACAAUCAGAUGAGGAAUUUGAGACUGAACUGGAGGAUGAGGACGAAACAGAUGAACUGGAAACAAACAGGCUGCCCCAAGAUGUCUGUGAGAAAAGAAACGCUGUAGCAGCUGAUGAAGGAGUUGACUCUGCAGAUGAAACUCCUGAAUUCCCCAAGAGUGAAGAAGGGAAGAUGGCACAGAUAAGUUUUGGUCCAGAACUCCUACAAGCUUUUAGAUUGGAGGAUGACCGUGAGAUCAAGCCUACAUUUUUUGAUGAAAGUGCCACUGAACUUCCACACACCGAAGAACAAGAGUACGUUGACGAAGGUCAGCCGGAGCAUGAAGUCCUGGAUUUAAAUGAGAUUGCGACUCUUCACUUAGUGAGGACAGCAUCUGAUCUGAUCACAGGACAAUCAGCCUUAUCUCAUUGUCAGAUAUCGACAGACACAGAAACAGCUGAUGAAUCUAAGACGACCCUUGCUGAAAUUACAAAUGAGCCGCAACAAACGGAGAAAUGCUCGAAAGAUCCAGCUGAAGAACAUCAAGAUGGGAUUGAUGAAGAAAUCCUUGAUUUGUGGAUCGAGACAGCGAUGUCAAAGGACACUGGUGGGAUUAAAGAAGACCAACUUAAAGAGGAACCGGGUGAAACAUCGUCAGAGGAGAAGAAAGAGGGAGUAAUGGAGGCAAUUUCAGAAGAAACAGAGACUUCCUUGAUCACACUGGACUCUGGAUUUUUGGACCAGACCUUCAGUGAGACUCAGAUAAUUAAAUCAGGAGACAGUGUAGUACUUGCUGACAAAAAGGACAAUUCAGAAGACAUCUGUGAAGUUCCUACGUCUAACUCUGAAUCUGCAUUAAUGGAAGAAAUGAUUGAAACUCUUCAGCCUUACCGGAUAGCGGAGGGAGCAUCCGGUGAGAUCGGAUCCUGCCCCGAUUCAGGAGUUUCAUCACCAGAACCAAAACAUCCGAAUCAGGAAGGAGGUACAGCUGAAAAGAAGCAAGAUGAAACUAAACCAGAGACGGACGCAGUGAGUGGAGACGAUGAAGAAGCAGAUGUUACGUCACUGACAGAAGCAACAGAGUCUGACAUCUCCAGUGAAAUCCAGAUCUCUCCUCUGCUGGAGGAGGAAAGUGUUUUGACUGAACCACCUUCUGGAGGUGAACCUCAAAAUGAACCUGAGAAAAGAAAUUUCUCCCUGGAUGCACCAGAGGGAAAACCUUCACAAGAUCUCAGCGGAUCAUUUCCAGCCCCAAGCAGGACUGAGCUGGAAGAAGAUUGGAGCGAGGUUGAUGCUGCCAUGCUUGAUUUUGCAGUGCAAAAGUCUCGCAUUGCUGUGAAAAACCCUCGUGCCAGGCCCCCAACAGACCCCCGCUCCUUAAUCCACAAGCCGUCUGUGGAUCCAACUCCCUCCCUGCCGGUGUCUGGGAAAGUUCCUGUGGGUGUGCCGUUAGGCGGCUUGGGGAUUGGGAUCAAACUGCCUGGGAUUGGAGCAGGUUUUCCUGUCUUAAAGAAGACACAACGGCCCCCAAGACACGAAGAUAGCCCAGAAACAAAAUCACAGGAAUCUGAGGAGAAAAGGGAAGAGGAAGAGAAGAAUGAUGCUGCCAAAAAGGAUGAAGCACCAAAGAGACCCAAAUGGAUGCCACCUGCACAACCAGGAUUUGGAAAUCCACUUAUGUCUGAACUCAAGACCAAGCUGAAGAAAACUCCCAAAGAGUGAAAACAAUAUUCUGAAUGCUUUCUGUGAAUAGCUCAAUAUAUUAAAAAUAUUGCUCUGUUUUAGUCUUUCAUCAAGCUAAAAGCAUUGAUGAGAUUUUCAUGCUACAUACAUUUUUUGGUAUUUAGCAUUUAUAAUAAAGCAAAACCAAAUACGGAGUUGUUGUUUCUUUCA